GCAUACGAACUUUGUAUAUAAAUGCUUUUCCUUUUGCAAUUUAUGUGCAAACGUACAAGAGAGAGAGAGAGAGAGAGAGAGAGAGAUAUUUGCGUAGAUGCUGCCCAAUUCGUGUCUCCCCGCAAAUUCCAUAUGCAGUGCUGCAGCAGGAAUUGCAGGAAAUGUCUUCGCCCUCGUACUGUUCAUGUCCCCAAUACCGACAUUCCGAAGGAUUGUUCGGAAUCAGUCCACCGAGCAGUUCUCAGGAUCGCCUUACAUAUACACGCUCUUGAACUCCUUGAUAUGUCUGUGGUACGGCUUGCCACUCGUGUCGCCCGGCGUGAUAAUGGUCGCGACCGUCAAUGGGAUUGGGGUUGUUUUUCAGGCCGUCUACAUAACCGUCUUCAUUGUAUACGCCAGUAAAGCCAAGAAGCUGAAGAUGUUGGGACUGAGCAUAUCAGUUAUCGUGCUCUUCCUAGUCGUGGUGAUCAUAAGCUUGCAAUUCUUCGAUUCGCACUCGCGGCAGAUUUUCGUCGGGUACCUGAGCGUCGCUUCCCUUAUUUCCAUGUUCGCAUCGCCCCUCUUCAUCAUCAAGCUGGUGAUCAAGAUGAGAAGCGUCGAGUACAUGCCUUUCUAUCUCUCUUUCUCGACCUUUUUGACGAGCCUAUCUUUCCUCGCGUACGGAUUGUUCAAAGCCGAUCCAUUCAUUUAUUUUCCGAACGGAAUCGGGACGAUUCUGGGAAUAAUUCAACUGGCGUUGUACUUCUACUACAAGAAUGUAUCUACAGUGCACUUGAGAGAGCCCUUAAUAAACUCGUGCGCCUGAUAAGAUCACAUACACGACGAGGGACUGAUCUUUGUGUCGGUUUCCGUUCUCUUGUGCCGGGUGAGAAUAGAAGCUGGAAUAGUGGCGUGGUCAAAGUAGUCCAAAUUCGAAA